AUGACCACUAAUAGUAUAAUCACAAAAGAAAAAUCACCUAUGCUUGGUGAGGAAAAACCAUUGAUUUUUGAUUCAUCCCAUAUGAAAAAUGAGUUCAACAUUCCUACACAAUAUAUAUGGCCAGAUGAUGAGAAGCCAUGUGUUGUAGCACAAGAACUUCAUGUUCCUCUUAUUGACUUAAUGAGUUUCUUUUCUGGUGACCCCGUCGCGACCCAACAAGCAUCUAGGCUUGUUGAUGAAGCGUGCAGGAGUCAUGGUUUCUUUCUUGUAGUAAAUCACGGAGUUGAGUCUAAUCUAAUCUCCAAUGCCCAUCGUUACAUGGACACGUUCUUUGACAUGCCUCUCUAUGAAAAACAAAAAGCUCGGAGAAAAAUUGGUGAGCAUUGUGGCUACGCCAGCAGCUUUACUGGAAGAUUUUCUUCGAAACUUCCUUGGAAAGAGACACUCUCUUUACGAUACACCGCUAAAGAAAACUCAUCUCACAUAAUUAAAGAGUAUUUUCAAAGGACAUUGGGUGAAAGUUUCAAUAAUCUCGGGUAAGGACAAUUGACUAUCCUAAUACUCUUCUUUUUCAAUUUUUUGUCGUACUUUACUUUUUGGUAUGCUUCAAAAACUUUUUUUUUCUUUUUUUGAAAGACAUGUUUAAGACCAGACUACUAAACUAAAUGAUAUACUUGUAUAUUUUACAAUCUUUUGUUUAAGAUUACUGGAUUCAAAAGUCUUUCUUUGCUUACUUAAAUUUUAUGUGAAAUAAAAAUCAGACAAACAAAUUGAAACAAAAAAGUGUUUGUUUUUCUAUUUAUCAACUAUGUAAUCAAUUAACCUCUUUUUCUUUAAUUAUGCAGGAAUGUUUAUCAAGAAUAUUGCAAUUCCAUGAAUACACUUUCUCUUAGGAUCAUGGAACUCUUAGGAAUCAGCCUGGGUGUACAAAAGAGUCACUUUAAAGAGUUUUUCGAAGACAAUGAUUCCAUAAUGAGACUCAACUACUAUCCCCCGUGCCUGAAACCAG